AUGACACGCACAGACCCACCUGACCUACUGGUAUCUACUGUGUAUCAAGACAUAAAAGUGAAUUCCCUUUCCACACACUCCAAGUCCUCUUGCCCCUCUGAACAAUGUGAUUCCCCUUCCAUCAGCACACUGGAGGACAAACGGAACAACGAAAAGAGGCACUGCCGUACCUUUGACACAGAGUCACUGGACAGACCCAAAUAUCACACAAUCUCAAUGGAGUAUCCAUACAGGAGGGCUGACAGGUAUGCGGUCAACCCAGAUGUUGCCUGGAAUGCCUUAGGCCGUCAACAAGGGCACGGAUACUUCCGUUUUUCCUCACCAGACCUUUACAACUACAGACUGACCCCUCAGCAAAUGUCUGCUGAAAUGGCUGGUGAGGUGGCUAUGACAGAACUUAAAAGGAGGACCAGGUCAAGAAGUGCUCCCCGGGUACAAACCAACCUCACCCCCGUGUCGUUCGAUACUUCCCCGCCGGUGGCAAGGAGAGGAAGGGAGGCUCAGAGGUCUCCAAGAGACUCCCACUGGAGGCCGGAAGCGUCCCCCCGUAGAAAGUCCUCCUAUGCAGCAACUCGAGCAAUGAUGAACGAGGUACACCCUAUAAAGCUGCAGCCACAGAGGGCUGACACCAGCCGGUAUUCCCCAGUUUACGUACCAGAGGGCUUGGAGGAGGGACAGCCAGAGAAGCCGGCGACGAGCCCUCACGUCCGAUGUCGGGUGGACAUCAAGCCAGAUGAGGCAGCCUUACAGCAAGGUGGACGAAAACCCUCGACAUCCCGCAUGGACAUACCCUGGCAGAGGUACCCUAGCAGUGGCAGUCGGAGUCUGACAGUGCCUCGUCAUUUCUCCACCUCCAGGACGCCGACACCCACUGAUUCCUUCACUGGAGAUUACAGGCAGGCGUACCAGUAUUCCCAAAGUAUGCCUAACAGUUACAUUCAGCCUGUGGAGAUUCCAAUGCAACGGAUGCCUUCUCCAAGGGAAUACUAUGGAAGAGAAAGAAGGGCUCACUCCAGCCCCAAUGUGCCAACAAAAUUUUUCUAUGCAGAUGAUAUGGGGAGGUAUGGAGCUCCUGCUCCAGCAAGGACUUACUAUCACGAGGACCGUUACAGCAUUCCUCCCCAGAACCUUACCCCUAAAGUGCAGUAUGUACAAGAUCCAAGGACUCGCCUGAUUCAUACGGUGCCUGCCAGGCCAUACUUCACAGAAAUAGACCCUCAACAAUACCCAGUACAGUCUGUGUACCCUAAAGCCUAUACUGCAAGUGAACCAGGGCCCUACAUCAUACAAACACCUCCUGCGAGGACUUUCUAUGGGGAUGAUCUUAGAGCGUAUCCGAUUCAAACUGUUCCGCCUCGGAUUUUCUACACAGGUGAUCCUUACACUCCGCCACUGGAGCAUCAUAUUCCAGCAAGAGCUUAUUAUACGGAGGGUCGCCGUCACGCACGAGUAGUCCAGCCUCAAGCAGAUGACUGGUAUGGUUCGGAAGCAUCUGGCCAUUCCAGCCAUUACCCUUCCUCCUACGUCUCUCAGGUCACCCCAACCAGAGUUGGACAAGGACCAGUACUAACACCGUGGUAUGCAAACACCUGCAUGGAACCGAUGAGGACGGUGACAGAUCCAAGACCAUACUCCAGGUCCUGGGAUAACAUACUCAACACGCAUGUGGAGAGGGAACAGCCACAACCUGUCCCCCGAGGCAGGAGUGAUGAGAACCUCCUUUGUCAAGGGAAGCCGGCUUCAUCUACAGACGACAGACCAAAACCUGUGGUUGUAAAUCUAUCGAGUUCACCUAGACGCUAUGCAGCACUGUCCUUAUCUGAGAAUUCACUACUUGAUAAAAGUCCUACCGAGACCCGGAGCACCUCAAGCAAGCUGUGGUUCGUCACCCCCGAGAUCACCAUCACAGACAAUGACAUACGACCCGGUAAUCUCAAAUCGGACGUCCGUUCUGCCAGUUGGGAUGUGCUUGACUCUAAAAGUGCUCCAGAACAGGAUACCUCUCACAAAGAGAAUGUGUCCUACUCUGUGGAAUCUUCCAAAGAAAAGACACACAAUAGCAUCUCCCUCCAGCAGAGCCUUGAACAGCUCGACGAGCUUCUCGCUGAUCUUGUCAUUGACUACAAGCCCCCAGACAGUAGAAGACCCAGCGAAAACUUGCUGGACCAACUCAAGAAACUUAUAGAUGAAGAAGAGGCAGCAUCCUCAGCGAGAAAAGAUUCAAAGGCAGGCUCUGAGAGCAGCGCCCCCCUAGACAAACAACCAACUUCGAUAAAAAUAGACCCCGAUGCCCUGCGGGACACGGAUGGCAGCUGUGAUGCGCUGAGGAGCGCGGACGAGUGCUCUCCUGACCAGAGCCCCGACGAGGAUGAUACUAUGAUGUGCUCAAACAACAAGUGCCGACGGACCGAGACUUUGUUCAAUGCUUGUCUGUAUUUUAAAUCCUGCCAUAGCUGCUAUACGUACUACUGCUCCCGAAACUGUCGCCGGGAAGACUGGGACAUCCACAAGGAGAGUUGCCUUUAUGGACGUAUUGGCAGCGUGUGUCGCCACAUCAUCAAGUAUUGUCGAGAAACCGCAGAAGUCCACAAAGCAUUCUCCCGCAUUGCCAAAGUGGGCUACCUGUCUCGGGGCAGGGGUGUCCUAUUUUUGGGUUUCCCAAAUCCAGGGUCAUCAAAUAAUUUCCUUCAAUUUGGCCUAGAAAGCCUCCUUAUGUCCCCAACAUACCUUUCCCUUCGUGAACUAGAUGGCUUCAAGGACAACCUUGGGGAAUAUUGCAAGGAAUUACAAGAAGCUGGGAAAGAGUACGACCCCAAUGAAUGUUUUCUCUUGAAUGUAUCUAUCGCUGUUGGUGAGCAAGUGCCUGACGGACCAUCACCAAGGGUCCAAACCCCAACCGUCAGGAAAUAUGCCAAGGUUGCUUUGGCGUCCUACAGCCCAGAGAGAAAGGUCCAUAGGAAAGAAAGUGAGAUGGAGACUCUUAUCCUCACCCCGCCCCCCGGGACGGCCGACAUCGAUAAAGAGGGGGAGGAAGGCAGGAAAGCCCGGGAGAUCUGUUUCAUUAACAUCCAGCGGGAGCUUAGGAUACGUGGGGUGUUUCUCCGCCACGAGUACCCUCAGGUGUACCAACAGCUCUGUGAAUUUGUGGAAAGCAACAGGAGGUUCACACCCACGACCAUUUACCCCAUUGACAAGAGGACUGGUAAGCAAUUUAUGUGCAUGAUAAUGGCUGCCUCAGAACCCCGGACGCUGGACUGGGUAGGCAACCCUCAUCUCCUCGAUGACAUUAUUUAA